AGUAUUUUCGACAUACUCCCUGCCCGGGGAGAAGUCGUCGAGGUGGCGAUCGAUACGUUUCCGUGGUUUGUCAACGACAGCACUUGUGCACGGUCAAGACAAGACGCCACAUCCGUUAGUACCCAACAGCAGCAACAAGAGCAACAACAAUACCAAGAUCGAGAGCCAGCCAUCCCGGCUACCCAGGCCCCCGGUGAAGCCAAAGCUGCCGAGGUAGACGGGGAGCAGGCCUGUGGCACUGGCAGCACCAAUACUAGCCCCCGUUCCAGCCCUUCAGUACAGGGCACGACGACUGCAGCGACCAGCCCGGGCAGUCACCAAUGUACCGAAUUUCGGGACCAAUCGCAACAGCAGCAGCAGCAAGUCCAAGGGGCAUCACACUUGAUGUCGCCAAGGAGAACCGAAUCAGCGACGACUGGCCUUUCCGAUAACACACCUUCGCCCAUACCGAGACUUCCGGGCCCUGGCUUGCCAGGCGCACACCACGUCGAGCAAGUUCGAAGCCAGGUAACUGAUAGGCAAGCACAUACAUCCACGCCACGAUCUGGCCUUGGUCUGCAGCUUCCUCCUAUCAGCAUGGGCGCCAGUGACGUGCGCAACAUACUCAACCCACUCGACCAGCAUCCGAGUCCGGCUUUGGGACUUCCUAGGCAUUCAAGCAUGGCUAGAGGCCUUGAUUCACCUAGCGUUGAGCAGCGUCCGGCAUCGGUUGGCAGUGGACUAGCAAGAUCACCGGUGGAUGGAGUUCCCGCCCGCUACUCCACAGGCGCGAUGGCGUCCCCAUCCUACCCUUUCCCGAUUCAACUGCCUUCCCCAUCCACAGUUCGUCCAGAGGAGUCAACAUCACCACGGACUGUUUCAGCCGCACAGCAAUGGCAGCAGCAGAGGCAACUACCAGCUCUGAGUGCUCCAAAUACGCCUCAGCAGUCUGGGCCCACAAGCCUUCCGCCUUCGAGGGAGAUGGGCCCGGACAGAACACAACGAUCCUUCAGCCUUGCCGGGCCGAUGACUGGCAACAGAUCCGUUGAGUCCGAACAACAACAACAACAACAACAACAUCAGCACAACCUACCUGCGCUUUCACCAUCCUGGGGUCCUGGUCCUGGAAUAUCACCUCUUAACGUACCAAGACGACCAUCCCCAACAGGCGGUGCAUCGCUGCCGCAUGGAGCCCCUCCUUUUAGCAGCCGUACUGCGUCGCAACCCCCCAAUCGACAAGGCCUGCCACCCCUGGCUGCGGACCAACUCAAUCCUUCCACGAAGCGACCGAGGGAUGACUCGGGAUCCGAUACUUCAAACUUGUAUCGUGGUAGCAGCGAAGAGACGUCGGGACUCCCUGGUCCAAGUAGAGGAACAUCUCUGCUCUAUAACCAAAUGCUGAGGCGUGGAGGCGAACCAAGGCAGUCGAUGGUACUGAUACCACAAGGCGGAGGACAGAUUGAAUGCACAGUGGAUUUGAAGCAAGGGUCAAUUGCGGCUGAUGAGAAACGGAGGAGGAACGCAGAGGCAUCGAAGCGCUUCCGGGAACGGAAAAAGGACCACAACUUACAAACGGACCAGGAGCUUCGGGAAUCACAGCGGCAAAACAGUGCACUGAUCCACGAACGAGACUACUGGCGAGAAGAAUACCGCCGUGUGCUCAACAUGAUGCCGCCGGCUAUGAGACACGAAGCUGAGCGCACUGCGCCUCCCAUGCCGCAGCACCCCAGCGAAUCUAGUGGUGAUGAUCAUGGACACUCUCCGAUUAGUCAACAGCAGGGAGCGCCUCAGCGCGCCGGUCGGGGGAGCGGUUCAGGGCGUGGCCGUGGGAGGCGCCAGGCCAACCCGCAGUCGUUCAUGUCAUCACAGACGCCCCAGGGUAGACAGAGCGAGGGGGGAUCACCGGCUUAUAGCGAUAUGUCGAGCGUGGGACAGGAACCGGCCGCAAGGCGGCGUCGCACGGAUGACUACGGAAACUACAUGGCCUACGGAACACCGUCUCAGAGUCCACAGGCUCCAGCGCACAUACUGCCUCAUGGACAUUCGGGCACAGCAACCCCUUCACCACGACCCGUUUCUAAUGGUGGCCCGCCACCACCUGCAGGCCAUCCCCAUCACAGCCUGCCACCUCUCAACCCGGGGCCUGGCUUUCUGCCGCCGCCAGGAAGCAUGUCGUAUCGAGGUCCAGGCCUGCCCGCCGGAACUCCGCCUGCCACACAUUCUCCGCAACAACAUCCCAUGCACCAGGUGACUGGACAGCCGCAAUAUCCGCCCAUGAGUCGGCCUCCGGUAGAGACGCGGUGGGCCACUGGGCCUUCGGGCUAG